ACGACGCGAGACAUGCAAAUUUUUUCCUCCAAAUUCCCGCUAACGUGAGCCCCUCCAGUCGCACCUUCCAGUCUCACUUUCUGCCGAAAAGCAUCUCCAAGAAGCGGCCACGCCUCACGGCGGCCCCACCAACAUCCGCUGGCGCACGUUAGCAUACUUUCGUCUCUCCGCACACAGUAAAGUCCAACGCCCCCGCCGGUGGCCACACGGCUGGCGACGGAACUCACAAAGCUUGCCACGCCACUCAAUUAAAUAUUGACCUUUUUCCCAACGCCGCUCCUCCACCGACCGAUCCAAAUCGAACGGUCCAGAGCCCUCCUCCACUCCUGUAGAAAUACGCUCUGUUUCUCUUCCAUCACCUUCAGAAUCCAUGGCUUCUCUUCCACUCUCCUCCUCCUCCCAUCUAGGGUUCCGCCCUUUCUCUCGCGGGCAAUCGCCGCCGACCAUUUCUUUCCUCAGAUCCAGAUCCACAUCCAAUGGCGGCAAGCAGUUCCAACAGAGUUUGUUAACUACCACCACUAACCCCCUGCGAGUUCCCUCGCCAAUCUCACUGACCAAUCGCGUUGCGAGAAAGCUAACCACCGUCGUUCGCGCUUCUUCCUCCACUGCCGUCACCUCUAACCCCAGUCCGCCAUGGCAGGGCGCGGCUCUGAAGCCGCUCGCUGCUGCGAUCGCCACCGGGGUCAUCCUAUGGUUCGUGCCGCAGCCGGCCGGUGUCUCGAGGAACGCGUGGCAGCUGCUCGCGAUCUUCCUCGCCACCAUCGUCGGCAUCAUCACGCAGCCGCUGCCGCUCGGAGCCGUCGCUCUCCUCGGCCUAGGCGCAUCCGUGCUCACCAAAACUCUCACUUUCGCCGCUGCCUUUUCCGCUUUCGGCGAUCCGAUCCCGUGGCUUAUCGCGCUCGCUUUCUUCUUUGCCAGAGGUUUUAUCAAGACCGGACUCGGCAAUCGCAUUGCCUACCAGUUCGUUUCGCUCUUCGGAAGUUCAUCGUUGGGGCUAGGGUAUAGUUUAGUGUUCAGCGAAGCUUUGCUGGCGCCGGCCAUACCGUCCGUAUCGGCGAGAGCCGGCGGAAUUUUUCUUCCAUUGGUCAAAUCACUCUGUGUUGCCUGCGGUAGCAAUGUUGGAGACGGCACCGAGAAUCGGCUGGGGUCUUGGUUGAUGCUCACUUGUUUCCAGACGUCUUGCAUUUCGUCUGCCAUGUUUUUGACAGGAAUGGCUGCGAACCCGUUGAGUGCAAAUUUGACUUUUAACACUAUCAAGCAGACUCUUGGGUGGACUGAGUGGGCGAAGGCUGCGUUUGUGCCCGGUUUGGUGUCCUUGAUUGUUGUGCCAUUGCUUUUGUAUGUGAUUUAUCCGCCCACUGUGAAGAGCAGUCCCGAUGCACCAAAGCUUGCUAGGGAGAAGCUGGAGAAUAUGGGGCCUAUGUCUCGGAAUGAGAUUAUAAUGGCGGGGACUCUGCUUCUCACGGUGGGGCUGUGGAUUUUUGGAGGUGUGCUGAAUGUUGAUGCUGUUACUGCUGCAAUUCUGGGGUUAUCUGUCCUCCUUGUGACUGGGGUUGUGACAUGGAAGGAGUGCUUAGCAGAAUCAGUUGCCUGGGAUACCCUCACAUGGUUUGCUGCACUUAUCGCAAUGGCAGGGUAUCUUAACAAAUACGGUCUCAUCUCCUGGUUCAGCCAAACUGUAGUAAAGUUUGUUGGUGGAUUGGGUCUUUCAUGGCAGCUAUCUUUCAGCAUUCUGCUUCUGCUCUAUUUCUACUCUCACUAUUUCUUUGCAAGUGGAGCUGCUCAUAUAGGUGCCAUGUUCACAGCCUUCUUAUCAGUUGCUAGUGCCCUAGGCACUCCUCCAUAUUUUGGAGCCAUGGUGCUGGCCUUCCUUUCCAACCUCAUGGGUGGCCUCACCCACUAUGGCAUUGGAUCAGCACCCAUUUUCUAUGGUGCCAACUACGUAUCCCUGGCCAAAUGGUGGGGUUAUGGAUUCCUCAUAUCCAUCGUUAAUAUUGUUAUCUGGCUUGGAAUUGGUGGGGUGUGGUGGAAGGCCAUUGGCUUGUGGUAAAAUUCUUGCCAAACGAAAGUUGGUAAUUUUCUGAUUUUUUUUCCACCUAGGCGUAGUUUCAACUUUUUUGUUUGGUUUGGAGGUAGGCUGUUAAUUUAUUACUUUUGAUUCUUUACCUCAAAAAUAAACAUUUUAUUGUUACGCAAGGAGGAAAGUUAUUACUUGUACCUGAAAUUUUGAUAUGGCGGGACGACUGGUGGCGUAUAUGAGCUUACAAUUUAUGAUACAGGGAUUGGUUGGAUGGUUGAAUGUU